AAGACUUGAAACUUGAAAUUACUUCUUGAUCCAUGGGCUAUAGAAUGGAUGUUUUAUUAGCAGGCAUGAAAACAACAUGAAUUCUCUUGUACCUCCCCAUUAGAGCUCUUGGGUGACUAGGUGCAUUGUCAACGAGCUGUAAUAUUUUGAAAGGAAUUUUAUUUAUUUAUUUUCUGAGUGGCAGUUCUCAAAGAUGGUGUUAAGUGAUUCAGUGAUCCACGCUGUAAACAGAUGUGCUGUCAUCCAGUCAUCCAGACAUUGUAGUUCCAUUUUUAGAGUACAGGCAAAGUAGAUUUAGCAUUUUUUUUUUUUUUUGAGAUGGAGUCUUGCUCUGUCGCCCAGGCUGUAAUGCAGUGGCAUGAUCUCAUUGCAACCUCCGCCUCCCAGGUUCAAGCGAUUCUCCUGCCUCAGCCUCUGAAGUAGCUGGGACUACAGGUGUGCACCACCAUGCCUGGCAAAUUGUUUUUUUUAGUAGAGGUGGGGUUUCACCAUGUUGGCGAGGCUGGUCUCGAACUCCUGACCUCAAGUUAUCCGCCGGCCUCUGCCGCCCAAAGUGCUGGGAUUACAGGCAUGAGCCACCAUGCUUGGCCCAAUUUAGCAUAAUUCUUAAGGGCCAUUGGAUCUUUUGCAUGGUAAUUGAGCACUGGCUUCACAGAUAAGACACCAGCUUCAUUAGCCCCUAACAAGAGAGUCAGCCUGUCUUUCGAACUUAUGCAUUGACUUUUCCUUUCUAGGUAUGGAAUUCCUAGAUGUCAUUUUAUUCCAAUAGAAGGAUCUUUCAUCUACAUUGAAAAUCUGUUGUUUAGUGUAGCCACCUUCAUCAGUUAUCUUAGCUAGAUCUUCUGGAUAACUUGCUGCAGCUUCUCCAUCAGUACUUGCUGCUUCGCCUUGCAUUUCAUGUUAUGGAGAUAGUUUUUUUUUUUUUUUUUUUUUGAGGCAGGGUCUCAUUCUGUUGCCCAGCAUGACUCAUUUCAGCUUUGACCUCCCAGCUAGCACCAUCAUGGCUCACUACAGCCUUGAUCUCCCAGGCUAAAGUGAUCCUCUCACUUCAGUCUCCCGAGUAGCUGAGGCUACAGGUGCAUGCCACCAUACUCAGCUAAUAUUUUCUAUUUUUUGUAGAGACAGGGUCUCACUAUGUUGCUCAGGCUGAGACAACUUCUUUUCUUAAAGCUUGUAAACCAACUUUUCUUCUGCAGCUUCCUAACCUCUCUCAGUCUUCAUAGAAUUGAAGAGAGUAUCUUGCUCUGAGUUAGGCUUUGGCUUAAGGGAAUGCUGUGGCUGAUUUGAUGUUGUAUUCGGACUACUAUAACUUUCUCCAUAUCAUCAGUAAGACUGUUUUGCUUUCUUAUUAUUUGUGUGUUCAUAGGAGUAGCACUUUUUUUUCCUUUUUUUUUUUUUUUUUUUGAGAUGGAGUGUCGCUCUGUCGCCCGGGCUGGAAUGCAGUGUCAGUGUCUUGGCUCACUGCAACUUCAGCCUCCUGGGUUCAAGUCAUUCUUCUGCUUCAGCCUCCCGAGUAGCUGGGAUUGCAGGUGCCUGCCACCACACCUGGCUAAUUUCUGUAUUUUUAGUAGAGAUGGGGUUUCACUAUGUCGGCAAGGCUGGUCUUGAAUUCCUGACCUCAAGUGAUCCUCCUGCCUCAGCCUCCCUAAGUGCUAGGAUUAUAGGUGUGAGCCACUGCACCUGGCCAGGAGUAGCACUUUUAAAUUUGUUCAAGAACUAUUCUUUCGCAUUCACAACUUGACUCUGCAGCAAGCAGUCUUGCUUUCAGCCUGUCUCAGCUUUCAACAUGCUUUCCACACUAGGUUUAGUAAUUUUUAGUUCUUUUUUUUUUUUUUUGAGACAAGGACUUGCUCUCUUUCCCAGGCAAACAGAGGUGGCACAAUCCUAGCUCUCUGCAGCCUUGAACUCCUGGGGUCAAGUGAUGCUCCUCUCUCAGCUUCCCAAGUAGCUCGGACUACAGGCAUGUACUGCCAUGGCUGGAUGGCUCGUUAAUUAUGUUUUGUAGAGAUGGAGUCUUGCCGUGUUGCCCAGGCUGGCCUCAGUCUCCUGGCCUCAAGUGAUUGUCCCACCUUGACCUCCCAAAGUGCUGGGAUUGCAGGUGUGAGCCACCACACCCAGCCAUUUCUAGCUUUUGAUUUAAAGUGAGAAACUCGAGACUCUUCCUUUCACGUGAAUAUUUAGAGGCCAUGGUAGUGCUGUUAAUUGGCAUAAUUUCAAUACUGUUGUGUCUCAGGGGAUAGGGAGGAGGCCUGAGGAGAGAGAGAGAGAUAGGGGAAUGGUUGGUAGGUGAAGCAGUCAGAACACACACAGCAUUUGUUAAUUAAGUUCAAUGUCUUAUGCGUGCGUGGUUUGUGGUGCUUCAAAGCAAUUACAAUUGUGCCAUCAAAUAUCACUGAUUACAGAUCAUCAUAAUAGAUAUAAUAAUAAUGAAAAGAUUGAAAUAUUUUGAGAAUUACCGAAAUGUGACACAGAGACAAAGUGAGCACAUGCUGUUGGAAAAAUCAUGCUGAUAGAUGUGUUCUACUCAAGGUUGCCACAAACCUUGCAUUUGUGAAAAACACAGUAUCUGUGAAGUGCAGUAAAGUGAAGCACAAUAAAAUGAGGAUACCCAGAGUUAUAUUGACGAAUGUCCUGGGAACGGAGUUAGGAAGAAAAUACAUAAGGACCCCACCUGUAACUGAGGGAAGUUUGAGUGAUACAGACAACUUGCAAUCAGAGCAACUUUCUUCAUCAUCUGAUGGCAGCCUAGAAUCUUAUCAAAAUCUAAACCCUCACAAGAGCUGUUAUUUAUCUGAAAGGGGCUCACAACGAAGUAAGACAGUAGAUGACAAUUCUGCAAAGCAGGCUGCGCACAAUAAAGAAAAACGAAGAAAGGAUGAUGGCAUUUCUCUUUUAAUAUCUGAUACUCAGCCUGAAGACCUUAACAGUGGAAGUAGAGGUUGUGAUCAUCUCGAACAGGAAAGCAGAAACAAGGAUGUUAAAUAUUCUGAUUCAAAAGUGGAACUCACUCUGAUUUCCAGGAAGACAAAGAGAAGGCUUAGAAAUAAUUUACCUGAUUCUCAAUAUUGUACUUCUUUGGAUAAGUCAACAGAACAGACAAAAAAACAAGAAGAUGACUCAACAAUAUCCACUGAGUUUGAAAAGUCAAGUGAAAACUAUCAUCAGGAUCCAAAACUGCCUGAAGAAAUUACAACUAAACCUACAAAAAGUGAUUUUACUAAACUAUCCUCACUUAACAGUCAGGAGUUGACUUUGAGUAAUGCCACCAAAAGUGCCUCUGCCGGUUCAACCACUGAAACUGUUGAGAACUCUAAUUCCAUUGAUAUUGUGGGGAUUUCUUCCCUGGUUGAGAAGGAUGAGAAUGAGUUGAAUACCGUAGAAAAGCCUAUUCUAAGAGGACAUGAUGAAGGGAACCAAUCACUGAUCUCAGCUGAACCAAUUGUUGUUUCCAGUGAUGAAGAGGGACCUGUUGAACAUAAAAGUUCAGAAAUUCUCAAGUUACAAUCUAAGCAAGACCGUGAGACAACUAAUGAAAAUGAGAGUACUUCUGAAUCAGCAUUGUUAGAACUACCAUUGAUUACAUGUGAAUCUGUACAGAUGUCAUCUGAAUUAUGCCCAUAUAAUCCUGUCAUGGAAAACAUUUCCAGUAUUAUGCCUAGUAAUGAGAUGGAUCUACAACUGGAUUUUAUAUUUACUUCUGUUUAUAUUGGUAAAAUAAAAGGAGCUUCUAAAGGUUGUGUUACAAUCACAAAAAAAUAUAUUAAGAUCCCAUUUCAAGUGUCCCUGAAUGAGAUUUCAUUGCUAGUGGAUACCACACAUUUAAAGCGGUUUGGGUUAUGGAAAAGUAAGGAUGAUAAUCACAGUAAAAGGAGUCAUGCUAUUCUUUUCUUCUGGGUCUCUUCAGAUUAUCUUCAAGAGAUUCAGACUCAAUUAGAACACUCUGUAUUAAGCCAGCAAUCAAAAUCUACUGAAUUCAUUUUCCUUGAACUACACAAUCCUGUUUCACAAAGAGAAGAAUUGAAGCUGAAAGAUAUUAUGACAGAAAUAAGUAUAAUCAGUGGAGAAUUAGAGCUUUCUUACCCGUUGUCUUGGGUUCAGGCAUUUCCUUUGUUUCAGAACCUCUCUUCAAAAGAAAGUUCUUUUAUUCAUUAUUACUGUGUUUCAACUUGUUCUUUCCCUGCUGGUGUUGCUGUUGCUGAAGAAAUGAAGCUGAAACCAGUAUCUCAGCCCUCAAACACAGAUGCGGCCAAGCCUACUUACACCUUCCUGCAGAAGCAAAGUAGCGGUUGCUACUCCCUUUCUAUUACAUCUAAUCCAGAUGAAGAAUGGCGAGAAGUCAGGCACACUGGACUUGUUCAGAAGUUGAUUGUAUAUCCUCCACCACCUACUAAGGGGGGAUUAGGAGUAACUAAUGAAGAUCUGGAGUGUUUAGAAGAAGGAGAGUUUCUUAAUGAUGUAAUCAUUGAUUUUUACCUUAAGUAUCUUAUAUUGGAGAAGGCAUCAGAUGAACUUGUUGAACGAAGUCACAUUUUUAGUAGCUUUUUCUAUAAAUGCUUGACAAGAAAGGAAAAUAAUUUAACAGAAGAUAAUCCAAAUCUUUCAAUGGCACAGAGAAGACAUAAAAGAGUAAGAACAUGGACUCGUCACAUAAACAUUUUUAAUAAAGAUUACAUCUUUGUACCUGUAAAUGAGUCGUCUCACUGGUAUCUCGCAGUCAUUUGUUUUCCAUGGUUAGAAGAAGCUGUGUAUGAAGAUUUUCCACAAACUGUAUCCCAGCAGUCCCAGGCUCAACAGUCCCAAAAUGACAACAAAACAAUAGAUAAUGAUCUACGUACUACUUCGACACUAUCUUUGAGUGCAGAGGAUUCCCAAAGUACCGAGUCGAAUAUGUCAGUACCAAAGAAAAUGUGUAAAAGGCCAUGUAUUCUUAUACUAGACUCCUUGAAAGCUGCUUCUGUACAAAACACAGUUCAGAAUUUACGAGAGUAUUUAGAGGUGGAGUGGGAAGUUAAACUAAAAACUCAUCGUCAAUUCAGCAAAACAAACAUGGUGGAUCUAUGCCCUAAAGUUCCUAAACAGGACAAUAGCAGUGAUUGUGGAGUAUAUUUAUUGCAGUAUGUGGAAAGCUUCUUCAAGGAUCCUAUUGUUAACUUUGAACUUCCAAUUCAUUUGGAGAAGUGGUUCCCUCGUCAUGUAAUAAAGACCAAACGGGAAGAUAUUCGAGAGCUCAUCUUGAAACUUCAUUUACAGCAACAGAAGGGCAGCAGUAGCUAGUUAAUCUGUACAAACAUGACACAGAUGUUCUCUAAGAUUACUGGAAAGCCUCUUACCAGCAUUUGUGUUAGCCAGCUCACAGAGAAGAAAAUAACUUGCAGUAGUUUUAUAAUAAGUCAUUGGAACAUUAUUUAAAAUACAUAGGACACAUUAUUAGAAUUGUUGGGAUCUCAUAGAUGGAAUGGGAAUGGGGGUGAUAUAGAUAAACUUACUAGAUAUAAAUUAAAAUUUUAUAAAUAUUUCAUAUUUUUCUGAGUAAAUAUGAUUGGAUUAUGCAACAGCAUAUGUAAUAUGGGAAUGUUUUGUAGAUAAUAAAACUUACAUGAUCUGUACUUCCACGUGACUGGGUGCUGAGGGGAGUUAAAGCCUCCCUGGUGCCAGCCCCAGUGCUUGUCAAAUUUGCUGACAGGUCACAUCAUAUUGUAAUUCUAUUCUUUGCAGCUCAAGCAUGCAGUAUGAAUACUGUGUAUUUUUUAAAAAAAUAAUUUAGUAUCAAGGCUUCAGAAAAUGCCAUUUACGGCAUCCCUUCUGUAUGUAACAAAAAGACAUUCAUAAUGUUAGGAAGAUGAUAAAAAUUCGCUCUUUUAAAGUGCAGCUUAUUAUUCUCAAUUGCUAAAUACGAUUACUCUGCUUUAUUUUUUUUUUUCAUUUCUUUUGAUGUCAUAUGUGAGUAUCUUAUAAUUUAGUUCAUUUGUUCAGGGUAAAAUUUGAAACAAAAAAUUUUACCUGUGCAAAAUAGUUUUUUAAAAAUUAUACAUGUAGCUCAACUUGAGGUACUGCUAUAUAAAUAUUCACUCACAUUAUCACGGAAUUCAUGUAUAGUUUCUCUAAUAUAGAAGAUAAAAUUGGUGUCCUCAUAACUUUAACAAAGAAAACCCUCAGUCCUAUUUAUUAAUGGUUAGAAUUAAAUAUAUAAUUUUAUAGCUCAGUUUACCCAGUAUUCAUCUGCAAAGCCAGAUUGCUCUCAUUGCUUUUAUAUUUUUAAAUUGUAGCUUUUAGAGACCUAUGAUCCUCAUGGAACUUAAUUUUUUAUUAAAUAUUCAGGUAACAGUUCUGAAUUCAUGUGAUAAUGGUGGCAUUAUAUAUGAUUAAACACUUCAGAACUUUCUAAUGUUAUCAGGAGUAUUUUGCGGGAGAUAUGAUUAUAUUGUAUUUUCUCAGAUAAGAAAAAUGUUUUUUAACAAUAUUAUUUUAAUCUGUUUUAAGCAUCUCUUAGAUUUACAUUAUAACUACAUAAAGCAGUGAAACAAAGGCAAAUUAAGAUAAAGCUAGAAAGUCUGAACAUUUUAUUUCAAAAUCAUACGAAUUGAGGUCAUUUAUGCCUCAGUAUUCUUAGCUUUUGUUGAUUUUGGCACUAUCUUUAUAUUAUUAAAUAUAUUUGUUGUUUGGAUAUUUCAUAUAAAGAUGGCUAUAAUUACAUAUUUCAUUCCCAAUUUGUGUGUGUUGGGGGGUACUUUUAAAGGUGACUGUUGUUUUGUACAUCUAAUUUUGGGAAAGCAAGUCUAUAAGACAUCUUGUGAUUUCUUAACGUUUUUGUUUGUAUGUUUUUCAAAGAUAUCACUGUCCUUUAUCAUGUUUUGAAGAUUGUUUAAAAUUCAUUUUCCUAAAUUAAUGUGCAAGUAAUGUUUUGAGGAUAUCAGUGUUUUAUAUUAAACAUAUUUCCAAUUCAUUAAA